GCUGACAUUUAGGUUUUUUCCAUAUUUGCUUAGCCUUUUCAGUUGAACUACCCUAGGCUUUUUAGUUUUUUGUUUUUAAAUAUUACUGAACCUUUUAGAGAUUGAGGUUUUUCCUUUGCUUUUUAUUUCAGAAAAGACCAGUGUUUGGAUCAUUUUUAACUUUAAAGCAUCCAUAAAUGACAAAGUAAAAAAUAUGCUAUUGGUGAUGUUAUCAGCCUAGCAGUGAACAUUUAAAAUUUUUUCCUCUCGAAUUUUUGAAUGUAGCUUAUUUUCAGUAUGCUGCUGAAUUUUAUUUAAUGGAGACAAAUGAAGCUUUUGGAAUUGUAUUGGGACUGACUCAGCCAAUUAUACUGACACCUCUAAAAGCAGGAGAGUGAGGUCAGUUCAUGGGGAGGUAGUAAGGAUCAUGAAUGUCAUAUUUUUUAAACUGCCUCCCUGUAAAUAUGCACAGCAGUAUCAGCCAAGGAUUGUAUUGUAUAUUACUAGGAAUGACAUGUAACAAGAACAACUGAAAGCUGUUAAGCCAAAAUUAAUGGUGUGGUGUAGUAGAUCAAUGAGACUUGAAGAGGCUUACGAAGUACACUGGUGAUAAAAGCUAGUUUAUCUGUGAUAAGAUUAUUAGUUUGAUUAUUGAAUUGACAGAAUGUUGUAAAAAAAAUUGUCCUUUAAGACAGCAUUUCUAGUGUGUGAGGAUUUUGUGAAAGUAUGCGGCAACCAAAUCCUAUUCGGUUACGAGACCUAAUACGUCAGAUCCGGUCUGCUAAAACUGCUGCAGAAGAACGCGCUGUUGUGAAUAGAGAAUGUGCUUAUAUAAGGCUCACAUUUCGCGAAGAGGAUUCAGUUUGGAGGUGUCGAAAUGUGGCAAAACUCCUCUACAUCCAUAUGCUGGGGUAUCCUGCCCAUUUUGGUCAGAUGGAGUGCCUCAAGUUAAUUGCAUCUCCUCGGUUUACGGACAAGCGAAUAGGGUAUUUAGGUGCCAUGCUGCUGUUAGAUGAACGUCAAGAUGUUCACCUUCUCAUUACAAAUUCUUUAAAAAAUGAUUUAAAUUCAUCAACGCAGUUUGUACAGGGAUUAGCUUUGUGUACCUUAGGAGCAAUAGCAUCUCCUGAAAUGUCACGAGAUUUAGCGGGAGAGGUUGAAAAAUUGUUAAAGUCCUCAAAUGCGUACAUACGGAAGAAGGCAGCUGUUUGCGCCCUAAGGAUCAUCUGCAAAGUUCCAGAACUUAUGGAAAUAUAUUUACCAGCCACAAGAUCGUUGCUUUCUGAAAAGAAUCAUGGUGUGUUGAUAACAGGAGUUACUUUGAUCACCGAGAUGUGCCGACAGUCACCAGAUAUGCUUGCUCAUUUUAAGAAGGAUCCCGAGCAUUCAGAGAUUGUUCCAAACUUAGUCCGUAUCCUCAAGAAUUUAAUAAUGGCAGGGUAUUCUCCAGAACACGACGUCCAGGGGGUGUCUGAUCCUUUUCUACAGGUUAAAAUCCUCAAGCUCCUGAGAAUUCUUGGGUGUGGUGACAGUGAAGCAUCAGAAACUAUGAAUGACAUCUUAGCCCAGGUUGCAACAAACACAGAAUCAUCAAAAAAUGUAGGGAAUGCCAUACUUUAUGAGACAGUUCUUUCAAUUAUGGACAUCAAGAGUGAAAGUGGGUUAAGGGUUUUAGCAAUCAAUAUUUUAGGUAGAUUUCUUCUAAAUGCAGACAAGAACAUUAGAUACGUAGCUUUGAACACACUCCUAAGAGUGGUUCAUGCUGAUAAUUCUGCCGUCCAGCGUCAUCGAACAACCAUUGUAGAAUGCUUAAAGGAUGCAGAUAUAUCCAUUAGAAGGCGAGCAAUGGAGUUAUGUUUUGCUCUCAUCAAUGGAAAUAACAUCCGCACCAUGAUGAAAGAGCUUCUUGCAUUCUUGGAGAAGGCUGAACCUGAGUUUAAGGCAUCUUGUUCAUCAAAAUGUGUUUUAGCAGCUGAGAAAUAUUCUCCCAAUGUCCGGUGGCACAUUGACACACUUCUUAAAGUUGUACAAGCGGCUGGAAAUCAUGUGCCAGAUGACGUUGUGUCGUCAACUAUACAGCUCAUUUCGGAGGCAAGAUCGGAGCAGGCAUACGCUGUUGGGGAACUUUGGAAUUUGCUGUCAGCAGCACAGAUGGAAUUCCAGCCUCUUAUUCAAGUAGCUACAUGGUGUAUAGGAGAAUUUGGGGAUCUUUUGUUAUCAGGCCAAUCUGAUGUAACUGUUGUCGAAUCUGAGCUUAUAGCAGUGUAUCAACAAAUCUUAUGGUCUUCGCAAUGCAACAUCACCACGAAGGAAUAUGCCUUGACAUCUCUUAUGAAACUAUCAGCUAGACUGAACCAUGAAGUAGGGUCCAUACAGCAGGUUGUUAGUGCUUUUGGAUCUCACCUUAAUAUAGAGUUACAGCAGAGGGGGAUAGAAUAUAGUCAACUAUUUACAAGACAUAACCACAUGCGGGGACCAUUGUUAGAGAGAAUGCCACCUUUUGAGGGAACCAGGGUAAAUAGAGAGGAAAAGGCAGCUUUAACUAAUGGAGUGGAUGCUUCUCCAGACAACCAAGCACUCCUCAAUGACCUCACAGCUCCUAAUAACAAUGCCAAUGACACAUAUGAAUCAAAUGCCUUGUUAGAUCUAUUGGGAGGGAUGGAGCCUGGCGACAGUGAUACAGUGCAGCCUGCUACUUCUAAUGCGGUACCUGCAGUAGCACCUACUACAGCACCAGCAUCUAAUGCUGAUAUUUUAGAUUUAUUAGGAGGCCUUGACACUGGUCCAACACCAGCAGCUCCUCUGGCCAAUUUGAACAGCACAAUGGUACCAUCAAGCAAUAGCAAUGGCGCCUUCCUCCUUGAUGGACUGCUCAAUAACACAUCAUCCAACUCGUCCAUAACGAAUCCAGUCUCUUCUCUUCCUACAUUUAACUCUGUUUCAAGUCCGACCACGCAACAGUCGAGUAUACCAGGUAUCAAUGCCUAUGACAAAAACGGACUGCGACUAGAUAUGACGUUUGAAGUCCACGAAUCUAUGACGACCAUUAACAUGCAGGCCACCAACAACACUGGAGUUCAGGUCACAGAUUUCCUCUUUCAGGCUGCUGUACCAAAGUCAUUACAAUUACAAAUGCUGAAUCCCAGUAGUACCAGCCUUGCACCAUCAGGGACUUUAAAUCAGGUCAUCAAGGUCAACAAUCCAAAUAAGGUGGCACUAAGGAUGAGGAUAAAGUUAUCAUGGAUAGCAAAUGGAGCGCAAGUACAGGAUCAGGGAGAGAUCAGCAACUUUCCUCCUGCGCUAUGGCAGUGACAUAGCCUUUCCACCUUUCCUUCCUUCCAUAUAUUGCACCUCUUUUCUUUAAGCUCAUUUUCAACUCCCAUGCAGUAGCAUUUUCCCUUGCCAUGGUUUUACAGAUUUUUUUUUUCUUUAGUUCAUCAACUUGCCUGACUUGUUCAUGCCUACAGAAUCAUAAUUGAUUAGUGGUUUUCUAGGGUAAAUCUCUCAUUGAUCAUCAAUGUUCAUCCCAGUUUCAUCACUGAAUUCAAAGAAGCUCUUUCUCUUGUUGAUGGAUUUUCACUUAACAUAUUGAACUUCAUGCCAUUAGCAUCAUAAUCAUGCAUAUUUUUCUCUUUACUCUUACAGAGAGUUGUGAUUAUUUACAAUUGUGGGGGGUUAACUACAAAUAUAUAUAUAUAUUUUUGCCUGUCUGGCCAUUUGCUUUGCUUUCUUGUUUGUGCUUAGUUGUCUUUGUGAUAUAGUUUAUUUUUUUCUUCAUGUUUUGUAGGAGCUAAUUUUCCGUUUACUUGAUCUAGACAGAAUUGUAUUUUUUGUAGUAGACUUGUAUCUUUUAAUUUCUGUUCAGGUAAAUUGUGUUUGAGCAGUUUAGUACUAGUGUCCUAUAAUUGCUUCAUGUUAUUUAAUCUGUCUACAAUAUUUAUUUUCCUAUUUUGUUGAUUUUGAUCUUGGAAGCGUUUUUGCUCAGUACCUCAAAUUUUUAAUUCCUGAAUCUUCAUUGUAUUGAUCCAUACCCAUAGUUUUUGUUUUCAUUCUGAUACUGUGCAUAUCUUGUUACACUUUUUUCCCACUGUUCAUCUAUUUUAUGAACUUCGGUUUCAUGCAUCAAUACUAAGGAUCUUUUUGAUGAAUAAGGACUUGUUAGAGGGUCUCUGUGCAGAGUGACAGAGCAGACUUAGACCUUUUUAUGUUAUGUCCACACUUUGCUUUCUGUGGUUGGAUAUUCCAGCAACCUCUAGUAGAAGGUUAUUUCAACUUGUAAGGGUUUGGACAGGUGGGUGUUUUUUGCCUUUUAAUUGUAGCACACAAAUUGCAUUGUAACUUUUUUUUUUUUGUCAAGGGUUCAUAUACUGUAUAUAACUGCAAAUAGACAUUAAAUUGGAUCUUAAUUGAUGGUAAUCUGCUUGUUAUUUGUGCCAAUUUGCCAAUAAAGGAUAGCAAGCAAGCUUAGGUAUUGCAUUUGGCAAGAAACUGGUAUUCACUUUUUGAUACUAGGUCCUCCACUGUAGUUACACUUACAGAUCAUGAUUAUUUUAGGCAAACCAGAUGAAAUUAUGUUAAUUUGUCUUCAUAUUGUACUACAGUAUAUAGAAUCAUUUUGCUACAUUAUACAUUUGAUUUAGUUUGUAGGUAGGCUUUUAAAAGUUUUGGAAGCAGCGUAAAGCAAAAGUUUUAUUGCAUUCUUAGUGAGUUAACAGUAUGUUUCAUUUUGGUGGGACCCAUGGCUCUGAUAAGAAUUGCAACAGUAUGUAUUCUUUGAGGAGGUUGCUGAAAACUUUUAUGCUUACUAGAUGAUUGCACCUCGAACUUGUGUUUGCUGUGUAGUAAGCAAUGUUACUUCCUAGCUAAAGAACGCUUAUGAAUAAUGUAAGGUAGAAAUGGGAAUUCCCAUGUCAUUUUUUAAAACAUUUUCUUAUGUACAGAAACAUUGAUUUGGGGUUUUAUAUUUGGGUUUUUCCUAUUUUUAUAUUCAUUUGUAAACCUUUGCAGCCUAGAAAAAGUUGCAGAAGCUGUUGGUUAUUACAUUUUUUUAUAAAUUUAGAAUGAAACUUAAUUGGAAAAUACUGUGGAAAGAUUUGUUGCUAGUAAAAAAUAGAGUAGAUAUUUCUGAAAAUUGAUUUUUUGUGAAAUCUGCAUACGUACUUUUUGGCCUUCCUGUUUAAUUAAGACAGGGACCUGGAAAGUGAUUUUUUAUGAAAUGUUUACAAGUUUUGCCUUGCUGUUGUAUUAGGACAGGGUCCCAGCUAUUCAUUUGUGAGUAGAGAUUUAGACACAUUUAAGGUAUAUUGCAUAUUUAACUUUUGGAAUUGUAAAGAUACAUGUUAGCUUUGAAAUGCUGAGGGGGAAAGAUCUGUUAGAAAAUGGAAUUACAGUAUUUUGUUAUUUUAUGAAGUACCCAGUUUUGUUUCCUUUCAUUGAAAUGGCCCAGAAUAAUACUUAUGCCAUAAAUCUGGAGAAUUUCCAUUUUUGUAUUAUUCAAUAUUACAUCAAAGGCAGGUUUGUAAUUUUCUGUUGGUAACUCUUCUAACUGCACAAUUUUUUUUUAUGUACGUGGAAGGAUAUCAUUUGUAAAGUGUUUAUAUUAUCUUAUGAAUGCUUAAUAUGAGAAACAUUGUUAUAUAAAAAAUGAAAAGCAAAGAUUCUUAAGAAUAUUGAGUGGUGUUUGUGGUCAUAAUUACACCAAUGAAUAUUUUUUUCCUGGAAUGGUGAUGGAAAAAUUGUACUGUAUGUAAUUAAGGUAAAGAGGAUAUUAGUUUAUCCUUAUUCCCUUCAGAUGAUUGUUUUCUCAUUGUCUUUAGAGAGCAAAGAAAAAAAAAUUGAAGCUGUUUGCUCAUUUGUUAGCAAUCCUGUGUAAUUGUAACAUCAACCAUGAGAAGUUACAAUUCAUUAAUCUUGAAGAGUGGCCAAGGUUGGGAAUGUGCCCUUGGUUUGUUUGCGUUACAUUUCAUUUUACAAGUAAGUGCAAAAAGGGUUAAGACUUUCUCUCUUUAGAGAGGUUAUAUUGAAGAUGGAUAAAGUUUUAAAGGAAUUAGGUAAUGUUCAUGUGAUACAAUCCCAGUCAAUUGAUGCAUGCAAAUUACUUUUCUUAAAUUGUGCAUUUUAUUUUUUAUUUGCUUUUUUUUUUAUUGAAAUGAAAAGUGGAGAGUAUUCUUGUACUUAAAAUACUGUUACAUAUAUAGAGAUUUUUAUUAACUUGGUAGACAUAGAAAUGAUUUGGUAGUGCUAAUGAAUUUUGAAUAGUAUUUAGUUUUCCAUUUAAGAUGAAUCCUCUUGGUAAGUUGACAUUGAUGGUCUUUCAGUUGUCGUGACAAUUGUACUUAGCACCUUGCGGUUAUCACUAAAAUAUGUAUAUUGUACAGGUAUCUUUGUAAAGCUUUUUAGAUUUUGCCAUAUAAUGUAAUGUGAAAGAGGCUCUCCUGCACUGGACCAGCAAGGAACUUUUCCUACAUAUGCUUCUCUUUCUGAUGUUCAUAUGUUCCAGAUCCUUUUGAAGCAAUGUCCAUAAAUUGUGAAUAUUGAGCUUUGAGAAUAUAGGGAAAAAAAGUAAGGCCUAGUACUAUGAUUUAUUUUUGUAUACUCAUGGUAUUUUGUUUGGCCAUAGGCUGGAACAUGUAAAUAUGUUUUAGGGGAGCUGACCUAGGUGUUCAGUAAUUGUUGUAAAUAUGAUUGUUCCAUGAACACGGUUUUUGGGAUGACACAUGUGUCAAGAGGUGUUAGAAGUCAUCUCCCCUUGUGGAUGAAAAGAACUAGGUAAGGUGCUUUGAUAAACGCAUAUAACUGGGAUGUGAUCUGGCAAUCACUGCGGCUCCUGCUUGGUUUACCAUCAUCCUUUACAUAUUUUGUUGUAAAUUUUGUUCUAUUGACAUUUAUAUUGUUUCUAAGUGCGUUGACAUAGUUGAAAAAUAUAUAUAUAUAGCAUAACUGGUAUACCUAACAAUCAGUUUGGGCUGUUUUAUUCCAUCCGUGCAGUUUAUUUCUUUCAGCCAAUGUUCUGAUUUUGUGUUCUAGGUUUAGUUCUUAUGUUCAUAGGUGGCAGAGGAUUAACUUUGUGUUUCUUUUGUCUUUAAAUUUAAAUUAUUACCUUAAAAGGUGUCAAGGUGAAGUCAUUAUACUAGUUAAAUGGCCUUUACAGAUUCGGGCAAAUUUGAGAAACCCGUGUCUUGUCAAUUGCUAUAUUGUUGCAGAUCAGGACCCAUGGAUUAUGUAUUUUUUGCAAGUAUGUCCUGUUGUAUCAAAUUUAUGUAGUCUUUGUAAAUUUUGUCAUUUAGAGACGAUGUAUCUAUAUAUUGUUUUAUAAUAAAAGAAUCAGUUAUAAAAACUAUAAUGUUGUAAAUAUAAACUUCAUGGGCUACUUUCAUGGUAGAUCAGGGAAUGUAUCAACCACACUCAGAUACAAGCAAUGUUGAUGAGGAAAAGAAUACGCCAUUAUUAUAAAUGGCAUAAUAUACUAGUACUAUAUAUUGUGUGAAGCAUUUUUUCCCUCUUCUUAUUUCUGGUAUAGAACUGUAGACACCUAGUUAGAUAGAGAGACUUUACCAUGUGACUUCAGUUUUCCAAAACCACACCAUUUCUCAAAAAAGUGGGAAUAGAAACUUGAAGUUGAUUACUUAAUUUUUAAUAGAUUUUUCAGUUACUUCUGUACAUUUUUGCAAAAUUCUAGCAGACCAUUCAUUUUUAUCACAGCUUCAGGAUAAUUUUCUGAUGCACUUAUUUAAGUUUGUACUAUAAUUGCUGGCCAAUGCAACAUUUUCCUUUUAUGAAAUGUUGCCACCUUCUCACUUUGUAUUGUUCUGGGUGUGUUCGCGUGUAUCUCCCACUUCACCCCUUAUUGCAAAGAUGGUAGGCCAGAUCACGAAAUCAUUCCAUGUUCUCUGGUUAUGUAAGAGCCCUCUGGCAUGAUGUAUUCAUAAUUUGGGAAAAGAAUAAAUUUAACAGUGAAUUUUUA